AUGACGCGCUCAGGGCACUACGGCCGGCGACCUCGCCGUGGGUCGGCGGCCGGCGGCCUCGCCGUGGGUCGGCGGCCGGCGGCCUCGCCGUGGGUCGGCGGCCGGCGGCCUCGCCGUGGGUCGGCGGCCGGCGGGCCUCGCCGUGGGUCGGCGGCCGGCGGCCUCGCCGUGGGUCGGCGGCCGGCGGCCUCGCCGUGGGUCGGCGGCCGGCGGCCUCGCCGUGGGUCGGCGGCCGGCGGCCUCGCCGUGGGUCGGCGGCCGGCGGCCUCGCCGUGGGUCGGCGGCCGGCGGCCUCGCCGUGGGUCGGCGGCCGGCGGCCUCGCCGUGGGUCGGCGGCCGGCGGCCUCGCCGUUGGUCGGCGGCCUUGCCGUUGGCCGGCUGCCGGCGACCGGCGGCCUUGCCGUUGGUCGGCGGCCGGCGGCCUUGCCGUUGGUCCGCGGCCGACGGCCUUGCCGUUGGUCGGCGGCCGGCGGCCUUGCCUUGGUCGGCGGCCGGCGGCCUUGCCGUGGGUCGGCGGCCGGCGGCCUUGCCGUGGGUCGGCGGCCGGCGGCCUUGCCGUUGGUCGGCGGCCGGCGUCCUUGCCGUUGGUCGGCGGCCUUGCUGUUGGUCGGCGGCCGGCGGCCGGCGGCCUUGCCGUUGGACGGUGGCCUUGCCGUUGGCCGGCGGCCUUGCCGUUGGUCGGCGGCCGGCGGCCUUGCCGUUGGUCGGCGGCCGGCGGCCUUGCCGGUGGUCGGCGGCCUUGCCGUUGGUCGUCGGCCGGCGGCGAUGCCGUUGGUCGGCGGCCGGCGGCCUUGCCGUUGGUCGGCGGCCGGCGGCCUUGCCGUUGGUCGGCGGCCGGCGGCCUUGCCGUUGGUCGGCGGCCGGCGGCCUUGCCGUUGGUCGGCGGCCGGCGGCCUUGCCGUUGGUCGGCGGCCGGCGGCCUUGCCGUUGGUCGGCGGCCGGCGGCCUUGCCGUUGGUCGGCGGCCGGCGGCCUUGCCGUUGGUCGGCGGCCGGCGGCCUUGCCGUUGGUCGGCGGCCGGCGGCCUUGCCGUUGGUCGGCGGCCGGCGGCCUUGCCGUUGGACGGCGGCCUUGCCGUUGGCCGGCGGCCUUGCCGUUGGCCGGCGGCCGGCGGCCUUGCCGUUGGUCGGCGGCCUUGCCGUUGGUCGGCGGCCGGCGGCCUUGCCGUUGGUCGGCGGCCGGCGGCCUAGCCGGUGGUCCGCGGCCGGCGGCCUUGCCGGUGGUCGGCGGCCGGCGGCCUUGCCGGUGGUCGGCGGCCUUGCCGUUGGUCGGCGGCCUUGCCGUUGGCUGGCGGCCGGCGGCCUUGCCGUUGAUCGGCGGCCGGCGGCCGGCGGCCUUGCCGUUGGUCGGCGGCCGCGGCCUUGCCGUUGGUCGGGGGCCGGCGGCCUUGCCGUUGGUCGGCGGCCGGCGGCCUUGCCGUUGGUCGGCGGCCUUGCCGUUGGUCGGCGACCGGCGGCCUUGCCGUUGGUCGGCGGCCGGCGGCCUUGCCGUUGGUCGGCGGCCGGAGGCCGGGCCGUUGGUCGGCGGCCGGCGGCCUUGCCGGUGGUCGGCGGCCUUGCCGUUGGUCGGCGGCCUUGCCGUUGGCCGGCGGUCGGCGGCCUUGCCGUUGGUCGGCGGCCGGCGGCCUUGCCGUUGGUCGGCGGCCGGCGGCCUUGCCGUUGGUCGGCGGCCGGCGGCCUUGCCGUUGGUCGUCGGCCGGCGGCCUGUGACCUUGCCGUUGGUCGGCGGCCGGCGGCCUUGCCGUUGGUCGGCGGCCGGCGGCCUUGCCGUUUGUCGUCGGCCGGCGGCCUUGCCGUUGGUCGGCGGCAUUGCCGUUGGUCGGCGGCCGGCGGCCUUGCCUUGGUCGGCGGCCGGCGGCCGGCGGCCGGGCCGUUGGUCGGCGGCCGGCGGCCUUGCCUUGGUCGGCGGCCGGCGGCCUUGCCGUUGGUCGGCGGCCUGCGGCCUUGCCGUUGGUCGUCGGCGGGCAGCCUUGCCGUUGGUCGGCGGCCUUGCCGUUGGCCCGCGGCCGGCGGCCUUGCCGUGGGUCGGCGGCCUUGCCGUUGGCCGGUGGCCUUGCCGUUGGCCGGCGGCCUUGUCGUUGGUUGGCGGCCUUGCCGUUGGCCGGCGGCCGGCGGCGAUGCCGUUGGCCGGCGGACGGCGGCGAUGCCGCUGGUCGGCGGCCUUGCCGUUGGUCGGCGGCCGGCGGCCUUGCCGUUGGUCGUCGGCAUGCGGCCGGCGGCCUUGCCGUUGGUCGGCGGCAUGCGGCCGGCGGCCUUGCCGUUGGUCGGCGGCCGGCGGCCUUGCCGUUGGUCGUCGGCCGGCGGCCGGCGGCCUUGCCGUUGGUCGGCGGCCGGCGGCCUUGCCGUUGGUCGGCGGCCGGCGGCCGGGCCGUUGGUCGGCGGACGGCGGCCUUGCCGUUGGUCGGCGGCCGGCGGCCUUGCCGUUGGUCGGCGGCCGGCGGCCUUGCCGUUGGUCGGCGGCCGGCGGCCUUGCCUUGGUCGGCGGCCGGCGGCCUUGCCGUUGGUCGGAGGCCCUGCUACUGGUCGGCGGCCGGUGGCCUCGCCGUUGGUCGGUGGCCGGCGGCCUUGCCGUUGGUCGGCGGCCGGCGGCCGGCGGCCUUGCCGUUGGCCGGCGGCCUUGCCGUUGGCCGGCGGCCGGCGGCCUUGCCGUUUGUCGUCGGCCGGCGGCCUUGCCGGUGGUCGGCGGCCUUGCCGUUGGUCGGCGGCCUUGCCGUUGGCCGGCUGCCGGCGGCCUUGCCGUUGAUCGGCGGCCGGCGGCCGGCGGCCUUGUCGUUGGUCGGGGGCCGGCGGCCUUGCCGUUGGCCGGCGGCCUUGCCGUUGGCCGGCGGCCUUGCCGUUGGCCGGCGGCCUUGCCGUUGGCCGGCGGCCUUGCCGUUGGCCGGCGGCCUUGCCGUUGGCCGGCGGCCUUGCCGUUGGCCGGCGGCCUUGCCGUUGGCCGGCGGCCUUGCCGUUGGCCGGCGGCCUUGCCGUUGGCCGGCGGCCUUGCCGUUGGCCGGCGGCCUUGCCGUUGGCCGGCGGCCUUGCCGUUGGCCGGCGGCCUUGCCGUUGGCCGGCGGCCUUGCCGUUGGCCGGCGGCCUUGCCGUUGGCCGGCGGCCUUGCCGUUGGCCGGCGGCCUUGCCGUUGGCCGGCGGCCUUGCCGUUGGCCGGCGGCCUUGCCGUUGGCCGGCGGCGAUGCCGUUGGUCGGCGGCCGGCGGCCUUGCCGUUGGUCGGCGGCCGGCGGCCUUGCCGUUGGUCGGAGGCCUUGCCACUGGUCGGUGGCCGGUGGCCUCGCCGUUGUUCGGUGGCCGGCGGCCUUGCCGUUGGUCGGCGGCCGGCGGCCGGCGGCCUUGCCGUUGGCCGGCGGCCUUGCCGUUGGCCGGCGGCCUUGCCGUUGGCCGGCGGCCUUGCCGUUGGUCGGCGGCCGGCGGCCUUGCCGUUUGUCGUCGGCCGGCGGCCUUGCCGGUGGUCGGCGGCCUUGCCGUUGGUCGGCGGCCUUGCCGUUGGCCGGCUGCCGGUGUUACGAUAAGAAUGAAUUGA